CUUUGGUUUUGCACAUCCUGACUACAUGACCCAUACGUUUACAAUCAAGUAUACAGAAAGAAAAGGAGGAAACGAUGAAAAGAAGAGGGACAACUGCUGAGAAGUCAGGACGCUCAGAGCACUUCGAGGACUUCGGGCAGGUUGGGCGCAUGACGUCAUUCAGUAGGAGUUCAGUUCCGCGUUGGUUCUGUGCUGCAGGAGCUGAAUGAAGUUGACAGGCGGCCAGUGUUACGUCUUAAAGCCUUUACGGUGGCGUUAAACAGCGGCUCUGAAGACAUUCCGGUAAAUCUCAUUUCUCACCAUGCUUACACGGAUGAGAUCCGCCGUUUCCAACAUGAUCGGCGGCAUCAUGGCUUCUGGUGGUGCAAACGAGGAGAAGGAGAACGACGGCGGUACAAAUCUACCGCUGAGAUUCCAGUACUCUCGACCCGAUUUCCUCGGCCUGUGUGCGGAUGAGCUGCAGUGUUUCACUGAUCACAUCGCCAGACCGAUCCUGGACCUCAGCGAAAGCACCCGACUGCCCUGGUCCACUGGCUAUGCAGAGGUGAUUAAUGCUGGGAAGAGUGCUCUGAAUGAAGACCAGGCCUGCUGUGAGGUGGUGGAGCUGAGGAAAAGACCUGCUGAUCCUGCCUCUCCGAGCUACACUCCCACCAACAGGAGGCGAUCUUCACUACCGACCAGAGAAGCUCUGGAGUCUAAAGAGGACUCUCUCAAUCAGGAGAGCUCUCAUGAAGAGGAAGAUCUGUAUUUCCACUACUGGGGACUCUUUGAUGGCCAUGCUGGUUCGGGUGCUGCCGUCUUUGCGUCCAAGCUCCUUCACCUUCACAUUGAGGAGCAGUUGCAAAGUGUGCUGGAAAUCCUGCAGAAGCCUUCACUACAGCCCCCUACAUGUCUCGGUGAGGAGACCAGCUUGCACGUUCGCCCGAGUGGAGGCUCAUCACAGCGAGCGCUUUCCAGAGCCGCAUCACUGAGGGGUGCUGCGGGAGCACCGGGUUCACCCAACACGCCAACUCCACGCUUCUUCAUGGAGAAGAAAGUGAAGCAGGAGAGCCUGGUGAUUGGUGCAAUUGAGAAUGCUUUCAAAGAGAUGGACAAACAUAUUGCCAGAGAGAGGAGUGUGUAUGAUAUCUCUGGAGGGUGUACAGCUUUAGCAGUAAUUUGCUUGUUGGGGAAGCUUUAUGUGGCCAAUGCAGGAGACAGCAGGGCCAUAAUUCUGCGUAGUGGGGAAAUCAUCCCAAUGUCAAGUGCCUUCACUCCAGAGUCAGAGAGACAAAGACUUCAGUGUUUGGCUUAUAUGCAGCCUCACUUGCUGGGAAAUGAGUUCACACACUUGGAGUUUCCUAGAACAGUUUGCAAGAAGGAGGUGGGAAAGAGAAUGCUGUACAGAGACUACAGCAUGAAAGGCUGGGCAUAUAAAACUGUGCAGGAGGAAGAUCUGAAAUUUCCACUGGUUUUUGGAGAGGGGAAGAAGGCCCGGGUGAUGGCCACUAUUGGCGUUACCAGAGGAUUUGGUGAUCAUGACCUACAGGUUCAUGGCACGGGCAUCUCCAUUAAACCUUUUCUCUCCUGCAGUCCAGAGGUGAGAGUGUACAACUUGGAGCAGUUUGAGCAUGGCGUUGACGAUGUCAUGAUUUUGGCUACAGAUGGCUUAUGGGAUGUUCUCUCCAACAAGGAAGUGGCUGAGGCAGUUACUAGUUUCCUUGGAAACUGUGAUCCUGACAACCACCACAGGUAUACAAUGGCAGCCCAGGAGUUGGUGAUGAAAGCUAGAGGGGUAUUUACUGAACAAGGCUGGAGGACAACAAAUGGUAGACUGGGUUCUGGUGAUGACAUAUCUGUUUACAUCAUUCCCCUAAUAUUCGGAAACAGCCAGCCACAGUCAAGGUGACCCACGGAGAUACAUGGAUCAAAGAACAUUUAAUGAGGUGGUUUAAACCAUUUAGAGGCUUUCACUGGCUGAAUUUCGACUUAUGACUGGAGUUUACAUUUGAUUAAACAUAAUUUGAUACCAUAUGGACACUAAAUGUCCAUGUUCUACAGAAUCUACUGGUACCAUCAAGGACCAGUUGUUAAUAUUGUUCAAGUCUUCCUCUUGCCUUCUGUUUAUGUUUUGUCUUAACACAGGUAAUUAUUUUCUUUUUUUCCUCUUGUCCAUUCUGUGAAUGGAAAUGAAAAGUGAAUCUUGGAACCUGUGUAUUUAGAACUGUAUUUGAAGAACUGUAUUUGAAAAACUGCCUUUCCACGGUGCUCUCUCAAAUACACUCCGAGGGUCGAUUUCUCAGUAUGUUUUACAGUAGCACAAAGCUGAAAAGCACUUUUGUACUGUACAAUAUAGGGAGCAUGAAUGACCUCUACAGCUAAAACUAAGGAUUUUUUUUUUUUUUUUUUUUUUU